AUGAAGGUGCCGAAGACACAAAAGGACAUUCAGAGCCUUACCGGACGGGUCGCCGCCUUAACACGCUUUAUUUCCAAGGCUACCGACAAGUGUGUACCGUUCUUUAAAGCCUUGAAAGGGGGCAAACAGCAUAUCGCAUGGACUGCCGAAUGCGACAAGGCAUUUCAAAACUUGAAGAACUACAUGAGUAGAGCACCAUUGUUGUCGAAGCCACUCCCAGGAGAGGUUCUAUUUCUUUAUCUUUCGGUAUCUAGCACUGCCGUCAGCUCGAUGUUGAUACGUAAACCAGAGAAAGCAGAACUACCGAUCUUCUACGUCAGUAAGGUGUUGUAG